AUGUCAUACUUAGGUUGGUCAGUAGAAGAUUGGAAAAAGUUUCAUUACGAAUCAACACCAGAUGAAUCUUUUGAAUUAUUAUCCCAAUUAUUAAAAUCCCAAAAAGCUGCUCCAGAAGAUCCUGCUUGGAUAUCCUUAGCUUCCAUAGAGAAUUUGGAACACCAAUGGAAAUUUUUACAAUCAAAAUCGAAUAAACGAGAUUUACCGUUAUACGGGGUCCCCAUAGCAGUUAAAGAUAACAUAGAUGCUAAAACAUUUGAAACUACAGCAGCUUGUCCUUCAUUUGCUUACUCUCCGUCAAAAGAUGCCACUACAGUUAGAUUGUUAAGAGAUGCCGGUGCCAUAGUUAUUGGGAAAACCAAUUUAGAUCAAUUUGCAACAGGUUUAGUCGGUACAAGGUCUCCCUACGGAAUAACUCCAAAUACAUUCAAUCCAAAGUACGUCAGUGGUGGAUCUUCAGCCGGAUCUGCCUCGGUGGUUGCUAGAGGUAUUGUUCCAAUUGCAUUAGGUACCGAUACUGCUGGAUCAGGAAGAGUCCCCGCAGCAUUGAAUAAUCUUAUUGGAUUGAAACCAACAAAAGGUGUCUUUUCAUGUUCAGGUGUUGUUCCAGCAUGUAAGUCACUUGAUUGUGUUUCGAUAUUUGCAUUGAAUUUGCAAGAUGCACAGCUUACGUUUAAUAUUAUGGCAGAAGAAGAUGAACAUGACGAAUUUUCAAGAUCAAUGCCAAAAAAUCCAUUAUUGAAAUUUGGCAAAAAACCUAGAGUUGUAGUACCAACCAAUUUGUUAUGGUACGGCGAGAAAGAAAACCCUAAAUUAUACCAAGAAGCAGUUGCUAAAUUUGAAAAAAUCGGGUGUGAAUUGGUAUCUUUGGAUAUUGAACCAUUGCUAGAAUUAGCUAGAUGCUUAUAUGAAGGUCCAUGGGUUGCUGAACGUUAUGUUGCUGUUAAAGAUUUCUUUGCCACAAAUACACCGGAAAAGGAUUUGGAUCCAACAGUCACCAAAAUUAUUAAAGGUGGAGAACAUUAUUCUGCAGCCACUUGUUUCCAAUAUGAAUACAAAAGACAGGGAAUUGUGAAGAGAGUCAACAAAUUGUUAGAAGGCAUUGAUGCUAUUAUUGUACCAACAGCCCCAUUGAAUCCAACAAUCGAAGAAGUCACCAACGAACCAAUCAAAGUCAACUCAUGUCAAGGUACUUAUACCAACUUUGUCAACUUGGCAGAUAUGUCUGCACUAGCUAUCCCAGCAGGAUUCAGAAAUGAUGGAUUACCCUUCGGUGUCACAUUGUUAUCACACAAGUUCAACGAUUAUGCAUUAUUAGACUUAGCCAGUCGUUACUUGAAACUCGACAAUUUACGUACAUGUGGUGUUUCACAAAAGAAAGUGUCUACCAUCCAUGAUGAAUUGUACUUAUUACCAAAAUCUACCCCCGAAGAAACUGUUAAAUUGGCUGUUGUUGGAGCUCAUCUUAAAGGAUUUGAAUUACAUUGGCAAUUGGAAAAAGUUGAUGCUCGAUUUAUUGAAUCAACAACAACUUCGAAAAACUAUAAAUUAUAUGCCUUGCCGAAGACAGGACCCGUUGCCAAACCUGGUUUGAGAAGAGUGGAAUCCGAUGGUGAACAUAUAGCUGUUGAAACCUAUAGUAUUCCAAAAGAGAAAUUUGGACAAUUUAUCAAAUUUGUUCCUGAACCAUUAGGUAUUGGAUCGGUCGAAUUAAAAUCAGGUGAAUGGUGUAAAUCUUUUAUCUGUGAAGAAUUUGGUUACAAACAACCUGGUACUGUUGACAUUACUGAAUUUGGCGGUUGGAAAAAGUAUCAAGAACAUUUGCGUGCCUCCAAAAAACCAUUCAAUUCAGUUUUGGUUGCCAAUAGAGGAGAAAUUGCCGUUAGAAUAAUCAAAACUUUGAAAAAAUUGGGGGUAAAAUCUAUUGCUGUCUAUUCAGAUCCAGAUAAGUAUGCUCAACACUCAUUAAUGGCAGAUGUUGCAAUUCCAUUGCAUGGUACAACAGCUGCUGAAACUUAUAUCAACAUUGAAAAAGUUAUCAAAGCAGCCAAGGAGUCUGGUGCAGAAGCUAUCAUCCCAGGUUAUGGGUUCUUAUCCGAAAAUGCGGAUUUCUCAGAUCGUUGUGGUAAAGAAGGAAUUGUGUUUGUUGGUCCAUCUGGUGAUGCCAUUAGAAAAUUGGGAUUAAAACAUUCAGCUAGAGAAAUUGCCGAAAAAGCUGGAGUGCCGUUGGUUCCUGGUUCAGGUUUGGUGAAAGAUGCCAAAGAAGCCAGAGCGAUUGCUGCCAAAUUGGAAUAUCCAAUUAUGGUCAAAUCUACUGCAGGUGGUGGUGGUAUUGGUUUACAAAAAGUAGAUUCUGAAAAAGAUAUUGAAAGAGUUUUUGAAACCGUUCAACAUCAAGGAAAAUCCUAUUUCGGAGACUCAGGGGUAUUUUUGGAAAGAUUUGUUGAAAAUGCCAGACACGUUGAAAUCCAAAUGUUAGGUGAUGGUUACGGUAAUGCCAUUGCUGUUGGUGAAAGAGAUUGUUCUUUACAACGUAGAAACCAAAAGAUCAUUGAAGAGACUCCUGCACCCAAUUUACCAGAAGAAACCAGAAAUAAAAUGAGAAAAGCAGCUGAAUCACUUGGUUCAUCUAUGAAAUAUAAAUGUGCCGGUACAGUGGAAUAUAUUUACGAUCCCAAGAGAGAUGAAUUCUACUUUUUAGAAGUAAAUGCCAGAUUACAAGUUGAACAUCCAAUUACAGAAAUGGUCACUGGAUUAGAUUUAGUUGAAUGGAUGCUUUUGAUAGCUGCAGACACCCCACCUGAUUUCAACCAAAAAAUUGAAGUCAAAGGAGCAUCAAUGGAAGCUAGAUUAUAUGCCGAGAAUCCAGUUAAAGGUUUCAUGCCAUCACCAGGUCAAUUGACAGAAGUAAAAUUCCCUGAAUGGGCUAGAAUCGAUAGUUGGGUUGAAAAAGGUACUAUUGUUUCUGCUGAAUAUGACCCCACCUUAGCUAAAAUCAUUGUUCAUGGUAAGGAUAGAGAUGAUGCCUUAAAGAAGUUACGUCAAGCAUUGAAUGAAACUGUUGUUUAUGGAUGUAUCACCAAUGUUGACUAUUUGAGAUCGAUUGCUAAUUCGAAAAUGUUUGAGGAAGCAGCUGUAGCCACCAAAGUUUUGGACUCUUAUGACUACAAGCCACAUGCCAUUGAAAUUUUACAACCAGGUGCUUACACUACAGUACAAGACUACCCCGGUAGAAGGGGCUACUGGCACAUUGGGGUUCCACCAUCAGGUUGUAUGGAUCAAUAUUCAUUCAGAGUUGCUAAUAAAAUUGUUGGUAACGAUGCAGCAUCUCCUGGUAUUGAAAUCACAUUGAAUGGACCAAAACUUUUGUUCCAUCAAGAUUGUGUUGUUGCUGUCACUGGUGGUAAGACUAAAGUUGAAGUUAACCAAGUUGAAGUUAAUCAAUGGGAACCAAUUAACAUCAAAAGUGGAGAUAAAUUGGAUAUUGGUAAAUUGUCCACUGGUUGCAGAGCUUACUUGGCCAUUAGAGGCGGUGUUGAUGUUGUUGAAUAUUUGGGUUCAAGAUCAACUUUUGCAUUAGGUAAUUUGGGUGGUUACAAUGGUAGAGUCUUGAAAUUGGGUGAUGUUUUAUUUUUGGGACAACCUGAUGUUACAAGUUGUACUUUACCAGGCCCCAUUUCCCAACCAACUCCUGUUCCAGCAUCAUUAAUUCCAAAUUAUGACAACAAAGUUUGGAAGAUUGGUGUUACCUGUGGUCCACAUGGAUCUCCAGAUUUUUUUAAAGCUGAAUCGGUUGAGGAAUUUUUCUCUUCCACUUGGAAAGUGCAUUAUAAUUCCAACAGAUUUGGUGUUAGAUUGAUUGGACCAAAACCUAAAUGGGCUAGAAAGGAUGGUGGCGAAGGUGGGUUACAUCCAUCAAACACUCAUGAUUAUGUUUAUUCCAUGGGUGCUAUCAAUUUCACUGGUGACGAACCAGUCAUUUUAACAUGCGAUGGCCCAUCCUUAGGUGGGUUUGUUUGUGAAGCAGUUGUUGCUGAAUCUGAAUUAUGGAAAGUUGGUCAAGUCAAACCAGGUGAAUCAAUUCAAUUUGUCCCAAUAAGUUAUGAAUCUGCUAAAAAUUUGAAAAAACAACAAAAUGCUGCAAUUGAAAACUUAUCUGGUGAUUUGCCAUCUUUAGAAACCGUUUCAUUAUCAGCUCCAGAAAACCCAAUCUUGCAUCAAUUCAAAGUUUCUUCAAAUGCUCCAAAAGUAACCUAUCGUCAAGCUGGUGAUAGAUAUAUUCUUGUUGAAUACGGAGACAAUCUUCUUGAUUUGAAUUUGGCUUACAGAAUCCACAAAUUAGAUGCAAUGGUCAAAGAAUAUAAACCUAAAGGUAUUUUUGAAUUAUCUGCUGGUGUUAGAUCAGUGUUGGUUGAAUAUACUGAUGAAAUCACCCAAAAGGAAGCCUUGGAUACUUUAGUUUCUUAUGAAAAGGAAAUCAUAUUUGUUAACAAAUGGAAAGUGAGUUCGAGAAUUAUUAAAUUACCAAUGGCUUUUGAAGACAAGAAAACAUUGGAUGCAGUCAAAAGAUACCAAGAAACCAUUAGAAGUGAGGCACCAUGGUUACCAAACAAUGUUGAUUUUAUUGCUAACAUUAAUGGAAUCACAAGAACAGAUGUUAAAGAUAUGUUGUAUACUGCCAGAUUUUUGGUUUUAGGUUUAGGGGACGUCUUCCUUGGGGCACCAUGCGCCGUUCCAUUAGACCCAAGACAUAGAUUAUUGGGUACCAAAUAUAAUCCAUCAAGAACUUUUACUCCAAAUGGUACUGUUGGUAUUGGUGGUAAUUAUAUGUGUAUUUAUACCAUGGAAUCACCAGGUGGUUAUCAAUUAGUUGGAAGGACAGUUCCAAUUUGGGAUAAAUUGAGUUUAGGUGAACACUCACCAAACACUAAACCAUGGUUAUUGAGUCCAUUCGAUCAAAUUGAAUUUUAUCCUGUUACUGAAGAAGAAGUUGAUGCAUUUUCUGAACAAAUGAAUGCUGGUAAAUUCAAAGUUGAUAUUGUUGAAUCAGUUUUCGAUCAUGGUAAAUAUUUGGAAUGGAUUCAAGAAAACUCUAAAUCAAUUGAGGAAUUCCAACAAAACCAAGGAGGUGAGAAAUUAGAAGAAUUCAAUAGAUUGAUUCAAAUCUCAAACAGUGAAUUGGAAAAACUGGGAACUAAAGUUCAAGAUGACGAAAAAUUUGAUGAUAAUGCUGAAUUGGUGUAUUCUGAAUAUUCUGGUAGAUUCUGGAAAUCAGUAGUUGAAGUUGGAGAUAAAGUUACUGCUCAUCAGCCAUUGAUUGUUGUUGAAGCAAUGAAAACAGAAAUGGUUGUUAAUGCACCAAGAGAUGGUAAGGUGCUUAAAAUUUACCACAAGAAUGGGGAUAUGGUGGAGGCCGGUGAUUUAGUGGUUGUUUUAGAAUAA